AUGCAAAAGUCACUAGACGGGUGCUGCCUCUCUCGUCUCCAUCGGACAAACGGUAAAGGCGGAAUUCGUGCUCCCCAAGCACCAUCAAAUGCUGCAUGUCCCCUCUGCAAACUGGCGGAUGAUAAAUUUCAUCAGGUAUCAUCUGGAGGCCACAUCGCAUCCCUGCUGAACCUCCUUCUCCUCCUCCUUAUUCAUCUGCCUGGUGUCCCGGGGCUGGUCAGUAGGGGCAGGCCACGAACCCCACCAGACUUCCUCAUGCACCUCUAUCGAUCGAUGACGGACAGGCGUGGUCGGUACAUCGCUCCUUCGCCCUAUUAUGCCGACACUGUUCUUGCCUUCCUCGACGAAGAGGUCAACAGUAGGAAUUUCCAAGUCUGUGCUGUGGCCAGUGCACAAGUUAUCCAGAGAAAUCCCAUCGCAGAAGACAAGCCGGAUGCCUGUACCCACAAUCAGAACACGUAUUUUUUUAACGUCACGAAACUUCCAAACAACACAGUCCCCCUUCAGGCAGAAUUCCACCUUUACCGAAUGCCAGGUGGAGUGUCCACGGCUCCCAGAACCCAGAACUCCCGGCUGUAUCCCCAGAGUGACUUGGCCUCGGAAAUACCACCGACUCACAAGGCAACGCUACUGCACCCCUUUAUUUUUCUUAAACUUUUCUACAUCAAAACGGGCUCUGAUGGAAGAGAUUCACUCAAGCUUCUUGACGCGAAACGGAUUCCACGCCAUUUCUACGGAUGGGUCGUGUUCAACGUCAACGAAGCCCUCACUUACUGGCUCCAGUCUAAUCAGCAAGGUGUAAAUAAGGGCGUUGUGCUAAAGGCGGCCACUGCUGACAGCACCCUCAGGAGCAGUCCCGUUGGGAUCAACUUUGUUCGACGACGUUUCCACAACGCUGAUCGUCUGCAGCCCUGCCUGAUUAUCUACUGCCACGACCGCGCAUCGCCAGCGCGGCACAAACUCCCGCCAGAGGGUAAGACCUUGGCAAAGCAAUGCUUACUUCUACUUCAAUUAAGCACCAAUUUCUCCUCCACUUUGAAAGAUUUGAACAUGAGCGAUUGGAUUUUGGCGCCAGUCAGCUACGACGCGGGGAUGUGCUCAGGCCCCUGCGCCUUCCCCCUGGGUCAGGAGGUGCACCCGACCAAUCACGCGGUGCUGCAAAGCAUCUGGGCGCGUCUAUACAGCCCGGCCCAGCACAUACCUCCUCCGCGCUGCGUGCCACACGAACUCGAGCCGCUGCCAAUGCUUUAUUUUGAGACGGACAAUCGAAUAGUGCUGAAUCAUCGACCGGACAUGAUUGUCCGGUCCUGCGGCUGCAAGUGA